AUGAAUUACUCAAAUAUUGAUAUCACUCUUGGAAAGACCGCCAUCGGCAAUCAGGAAUUAAAACUUGAUUUCAUCGACAGUAAAACUGCGAAUCUGAUUUGUACCGUCAUUCUGCAACAGUCGGUCAAGGUCGCCCUCCGCGUGCUGGGCGUGGUCACCAAUCUGCUGACCCUAGCAGUGUUCUGGAGGUCAGGCCUCAAUGACGGCAUCUCUGUUGGUUUUUUCGCCCUGACCGUCUCGAAUUUGAUGUGCAUGGCGCUCUACCUGACCGCCACGGAGUUUGUGUACGCUGAUCUCACCCUGCGAGUGAGGCCGUACGUCAGCUUAUACUGGGUUGGUUACAUCCUGCCCUUCUACGCCAUCACGUUCUAUAUAAUCUCCACCCUCAUCACCGUCUUCCUAGCAGUUCAAAAAUGCUGCUGUGUCGCGCUGCCACUCACUUUUAAAGACCAGUUUUCUCGUAAUCGCUGUAUAGCCAUCAUAGCCUGUAUCUAUUCAGGGAUAUUUGCCUUGUAUGUCCUCUAUACAAUCAGUGUAUUCCCCUUUCAACCAGGGUUUGAUUACUCAACUAAUUCAACGCGGUUGAUAUUUAAAAAAUCAGACUUUUACUCAACAACUGUGUUCCCCAUAAUAAAAGGCUUCGCUUAUAUUUUCAUCCCAAUAAUCUCGGAACUAAUUGUACUAUUUUGUACAAUUUUACUAACAAUCAAACUUGAACAAUCAGCUAAGUUUCGUAUGUCAGCAACAAACAAAAAAGAAGUUCGUCUCGCAUCGAUUGAACAAGUCAAGACACCGAUUGAAGAAGUAAACACAAACACACAUAAACCGAUUACUGGCGUGAAGCGGAGGAAUCCCCAUUCUUCUUUGGGAAACGGCAAGGAAGAAAAAUCGAAAGAAAUAAUGUCCAAACGAGAAAUGCGAGCUACCCAAUCUGUAAACAUGGUCGCCAUUUUGUUCGUCGUCUGCAACACGCCGGAUGUUGCGGUGUACCUGGCAAGUCUGGUCGUCUCAGACUUCAGCAGCAGUGGCAGGUACGUUAACACGUACUGGCUGUGUCUGGAACUUCAGGACCUGAUGCACGUCAUCAACAUGAUCGUCAACCUCUUCGUCUACCUAAAGUACAACUCCAAAUUCAGGAGACAUUGUGUCUCUAUUUUUAAACUAUCUCGACAUUAA